CAGUAUUAAACACCAGAAAAUGAAACCCAGUUAUUACAAUAAAAUAACCUUAAAAUGACGAUCUGACACCAUACAUUUUAUUGACAACACAGAAAGACCAGCGCAUUUCGUCGAUAACUUCAUUUUUUGGACACUGUACCUGGGAUUUCAAUCACUUAGCAUUUGUAUUGUUCGAUAUCUACAGCGCUGCCGCAAAUAGGACGUGGACUUUUGAAGCAACUAAGACGUUUCCCUUUUAGACAAAUCGGAUAUAAGUGCUAUGACAGGAAAACUGGUGGAGCGGGUCCCUACGACAAUGAGCAGUUUAAUAAACACGAUUUCUGACAACCUUUACCCCGAGGAAGACAGCCCGUCGUCGAAUAUUUUCACGAGCACGGAUUCUAUUUCGCCUUAUUCGCAGAUGAACACAGACAGCAUCAUGGAUCUGGGGAUGGGUGGGGAGAAGGGUGCUGCGGACCUCCAGUACAGCUCGGGGUUCCAGUCCGUGCGCAGCAGCCAGACCGUCACCUACCUGGGGAAGUUUGCCUUCGACACGCCCUCCUCCUCGGGCGGGGGGCUGGCAGGCUCGGGCUGGUGCUCCGACAGCAACAUCAUCAGCCUGGUCAGCGCGGGGGUCCUGGGGGUGUCCCAGUCGCCCAGCAACAUCACCGCGCAGAACUCGCCCGGCGGGGGAGGCAGUGGGGGCGAACUGGACCAGGUAUACGGCACGGCUCUGCCGGCCUUCUCCCUCUGCGGAGACAUGUACCAGGACCAGGUCUCCUUCAGCCACAGCCCCACAGCCCCCGCCCAGCUGCCCUACCCCAGCACCGAGUACCAAGCCAACGCCAAGCCCACCGUGGACGGCGGUCUCUUCUCCGUCAUUCCCGACUAUACCCUCUUCCACCACCAGGGCGAGGUGGGAGGGAUGGAUCAGAAGCCCUUCCAAUCCCAGGACCCUGGGCGUGUCAACCCCCCGCCAAUCACCCCUCUGGAGACGAUCCGGGCGUUCAAGGACAAGCAGCAAGUGGCGCCGGGGUUCAGUGCCGGGCAGCAGCAGGUGCACGGCCCCACCCCCCCUCAGGCCCUCACGCUCCGGCCGGUGCGCCUACGGAAGUACCCCAACCGGCCCUGCAAAACGCCCGUCCACGAGCGGCCCCACGCCUGCCCCGCAGCCAGCUGCGACCGGCGCUUCUCGCGCUCGGAUGAGCUGACGCGUCACCUGCGCAUCCACACGGGCCACAAGCCCUUCCAGUGCCGCAUCUGCAUGCGCACGUUCAGCCGCAGCGACCACCUGACCACGCACAUCCGCACGCACACGGGCGAGAAGCCCUUCUCCUGCGACUUCUGCCCCCGCAAGUUCGCCCGCAGCGACGAGCGCCGCCGCCACGCCAAGGUGCACCUGAAGCAGAAGGAGAAGAAGGCGGCGGACACAGCGGGCGGGGUGGGGCUGGAGGUGGGGGUGGGGGUGGGGGUGGGGGUGGCAGGGAUGGGUCACAGCUCUCCUCCCAGCUCCUGCACCAGUCAGACCGUCACAACCUGCACUUAA